AUGCUGAGGACCGAGGCCGGCGGGGCCGGGGGGGCCCCCUCGGCCGGGGGCGCGGCGGGGGCCGGGGGGCUGCGCAGCGCGUCCCCGCACCGGAACGCCUACGAGGCCAGCAUCCAGGCCCUGGCGCCCACAAAGGAGGCCGAGGGCGAGGACGGCAAGAAGAGCCGCGGGAAGAAGUAUGGCUCCAACGUGCAUCGGAUCAAGAACAUGUUCCUGCAGAUGGGGACGGCGCCCGGCCCCGAGGGCGCCUGCGACCUGGCCAAGGCCAAGGAGAAGCCGGUGCGCCUGUCCCUACCCCGCGCCGGCAGCCUGGGUGACAGCGUGGACCAGGGCAGCCUGCUCAAGCUGGGCACCAGCGUCUCGGAGCGCGUCAGCCGCUUCGACUCCAAGCCCGACAAACCCUUCUCCAAGCUGCAGGAGACCCGCAAGAUCUUCGAGAGGAGCCCGCAGGAGAAGGCCACCAGCACCAAGCUGCUGCUGCGCAAGGAGCGUGCCGGCUUCCAGGACCGCAAGCUGGACGUGGUGGUGAGGUUCAACGGCAGCACCGAGUCCUUGGACAAGCUGGACGCCGACGCCGUGUCGCCCACCGUGAGCCAGCUCAGCGCUGUCUUCGAGAAGGCCGACCUGAGGAACAACCUGCACAAGGCGCAGGGCCGGGCCGCUGCGCCGCUGGGCGCCAAGGCGGUGCCCAAGCGGCCCAGGGUGUUCACGCCUGGCACGCGGGGCAAUGGCACUGGCGAUGGGCACGCCACCCCGGCCCGUGCCAGGCCGCCUGAUGAGGAGAAGGCAGCGGCGAAGAGCGGGCGGCCGGUGGAGAAGGAGGCGGCCGCGCCAAGGGUGCAGGAGGUGUGCAAGAUCAAGCCCGUGGAGGUGGAGGAGAGCGGAGAGGGCGAGGAGGAGGAGGAGGAGGAGGCAGCGGCGGGUGAAGCGGUGCCCGCGCCCCAGCCGGCCAAAGGGGAUGAAGGUCCAGCAGCCCCCCGGGCGGACGGGGGCUCGGGGGCGGCCGCGGGCUCAGAGGGCGUCAAGGGCGAGCGGGCGGAGGAGGGCGAUGGCUCCGAGGAGGCCAAGAAGGAGGACUUCUCCGAGGCCGACCUGGUGGACAUAAGUGCCUACAGCGGGCUCGGGGAGGACUCGGGGGGCAGCGGGCUGGAGGAGGAGGAGGAGGCCGAAGGGCUGUACGAGCCCGAGUCGGGCUGCGUGGAGAUCCCGGGGCUGUCCGAGGAAGAGGAGCCCGUGCCCAACCGCAAGAUCCAGUUCAGCACGGCCCCCAUCCAGGUGUUCAGCACUUACUCCAACGAGGAUUACGACCGCCGCAAUGAGGACGUGGAUCCCAUGGCGGCCUCGGCCGAGUACGAGCUGGAGAAGAGGGUGGAGAGGCUCGACCUGUUCCCCGUGGAGCUGGAGAAAGACUCGGAGGGGCUCGGCAUCAGCAUCAUCGGCAUGGGCGCGGGGGCCGACAUGGGCCUGGAGAAGUUGGGAAUCUUCGUCAAGACGGUGACAGAAGGAGGGGCAGCGCACCGGGACGGCAGGAUCCAGGUGAACGACCUGAUCGUGGAGGUGGACGGCACCAGCCUGGUGGGGGUCACGCAGAGCUCCGCUGCCUCCGUGCUCAGGAACACCAAGGGACGAGUCCGGUUCCUGAUCGGGCGGGAGAAGCCGGGCGAGCAGAGCGAGGUGGCGCAGCUGAUCCAGCAGACGCUGGAGCAGGAGCGGUGGCAGCGCGAGAUGAUGGAGCAGCGCUACACCCAGUACACUGAGGACGACGAGGAGACCGGGGAGUACGCCACGGACGAGGAGGAGGAGAUGAGCCCCAUGUUCCCCAGCGGGGAGAUGGCCAUCGAGGUGUUCGAGCUGGCCGAGAACGAGGACGCGCUGUCCCCCGUGGAGAUGGACCCCGAGAAGCUGGUGCACAAGUUCAAGGAGCUCCAGAUCAAACACGCCGUGACCGAGGCUGAGAUCCAGCAGCUCAAGAGGAAGCUGCAGUGCCUGGAGCAGGAGAAGGCGCGCUGGAGGGCCGAGAAGGCCCAGCUGGAGCAGAGCGUGGAGGAGAACAAGGAGCGCAUGGAGAAGCUGGAGGGUUACUGGAUGGAGGCACAGAACCUGUGCCAGGCCGUGGACGAGCACCUCAAGGAGACCCAGGCCCAGUACCAGACCCUGGAGCGCAAGUACAGCAAGGCCAAGCGGCUCAUCAAGGAGUACCAGCAGAAGGAGAUCGAGUUCCUGAAGAAGGAGACGGCGCAGCGGCGGGUGCUGGAGGAGUCGGAGCUGGCGCACAAGGAGGAGAUGGAGAAGCUGCAGGAGAAGAUCUCCGAACUGGAGGCCAAGCUGCAGACUUUGAAAAAUUCCAACCCCCCCGGGCUCGUUCCGGGCGGGGCAGUCCCCGCCCCCGCCGCCCCCGCUGUUUCCGGGUUCCUGUGCCCCCCCCCCCCCCGCGGCCCCCGGCCCGGCGGGGCGGUUCGGCAGCGCCCUCCGCUCCCACCGGCCCCGACACCGGCCCGGCGGGAGGCGAGAGGGGCCGAGCAGGAUGCCCGAGGAGCGCGGCCCUGUCCCACCAUGUCGGUCUCCAAGCUGCAGGACACGGACGAGGUUUUUGAUUUUACCGCUGUGGUUCCAGAGACGCCGCGCUUGGACAGCAGCCUGCACAAGGCCCGCGCCCGGCUCCUGGCCCGCGGCCGCCGCCAGCGGCCCUCGCGCUCCCGCCUGCGCGACAGCGCCAGCUCCACCGAGGGCGACGAGGGGCCCGAGGCCGCGGGCACCGAGGGCGAGGGCAGCCCCCCGGCCCCCUCGCCCUUCUCCUGCACCGACGGCUUCUCCUUCGAGCCGGGGGUGGCACGGCCGGGCCCGGGCCCCCCGGCCCCCACGCCCCCCCUCAGCCGCUACCGGCCCCUCACCAACACCCCGUCCCAGGAGGGGCUCUCGGGGCCCCCCGCGUCCCAGUCCUGCCCCAGCUCCGACAGCUCCCCCGGCUUCGCCCGCCGCCACCCCCGGCCCCGGCAGCACAGCGAAGAUGACAGCCGGGACAUGAGCCCCCCCUCGCCUGCCAGCCCGACCGUGGGGCUCGAUAAGAAAACGAGGAGGAAAUUCUUGGAUUUGGGGGUGACCCUGCGCCGGGCGUCCUCUGGGAAGAGCCGCAAGGAGAAGAGCAGCAACCGCCUGUCCAUGGGCAGCAGGGAGGUGGCGGAGGGGCCCAGCCGCCCCUCGGGGUCCCCGUUCCUGCCCUUCUCCUGGUUCUCGGACAGCGCCCGGGGCUCGCCCGGCCCCGCAUCCCCCGCGGGCUCCCCCCGGCACGAGGGGCUCAGCCCCCCCAAAUCCGCCUCGCAGGACUCGGAGCUGAGCGAGGACUCGCCACCAUCCAGCGCCAGCCCCCGCCUGCCCGGCCCCCCCAAGUGCUCGUACCCCUACCACACCCUGUCCCAGUCCUCGGACGAGCUGCUGGAGGAGCCGGCGGGCGCGGCCGCGGGCUGGACGUGCGGCCAGGUGGGGCAGUGGCUGCAGAGCCUGGGCCUGGAGCGCUACGUGCGGGAAUUCGCCGAGCGCGGCGUGGACGGGCCCCGCCUGCUGCUCCUCGACGGGGCCAAGCUCAAGGCGCUGGGCGUGGGCAGCUCGCAGGACCGCGCGGUGCUCAAGCGGCGGCUGAAGGAGCUGAGCCUGGCGGCCGAGCGGGAGCGCAAGGCCCGCGACAAGGCGGACAAGCAGCGGGACAAGCACAAGAAGAAGGACCAGGAGCAGCGGCGGAGCUGAAAACCGGGGGGGUCCCGCACCCCAUCCCCACCCACAGCCCCCCGGGACACACCCCGGGCACACGGGGCACGGCCAAGGGUCAGCGGCCGGGACCCCCGGCCCCUUUCGGGAUGCAGAGGGCACCUGAGACACCCCCAGCCCGUCCUGCCACCCCCACCUGUCACCACCCCCGAGGGGUCCCAGCCCCCUCCCCAUCCCCAGGAGGGGACAGGGUGUGGUCUGACCCCCUCCUCACACACGGGCACCCCCAAAUCGGGGCAGGGAGUGAACCCCACCCCGCCUCCCCCCCACAGCCCCAAACGCGGCCC